AUGACCAUGGUCGCCGUGGCCGCACCACGUACUGCCGAGGCACUGGCACCUGGCAAGCGAGACGCAGGUGCUGCCAGAAGCCCCUUGUCUGCUUCACCUGAGCCGGCUCAGCAACAACAGCAGCAGACGCAGCAGGAACCCCCGGCCGCAUUCACCGACGAUCCUAGGCCGAAACCCAGGUUCAACUUCACGACACCACAGGACGCAGACAAUUUCGACUCAUACGAGUCAACAAUCGAGGCCUGCGACGGCAUUGCCCGGAGCCUGGGCAUGGGCGAGAUCAAGAGCAACAAGGAGUACUACCUCAACAUGAUCAAGAAAAACGGCAGGCCGAAGCAUUGGAAGGACCCACACCGAACCGACGAGCAGCUGGCAGAGUCGAUGGAGCUGAUACGCAGAUCCGGCCUGAACACGGCCGAGGUCCUGCGCAUGAGCCUACCCGAGGCCGUCCGCCCGCCCAUGCCCGACUACAACGCAGGGCCCGAGAUGUCUGACGACGAGGAAGACGGCACGGCAAAGCAAAGACGGGAGCCGCGGCCAUCAAAUUGA